AAAGCGAGAAAUCAAGAGGAAACGGAUGUGACUUGAGUUGCAGCCGGAAGUUGUAGAAUCCACAGCACGUCAAAGAGCAGAGAGAUCAGCUUUUUUGGCACAAUGGGUCGUCACUUCGGAGAUUUGGCCAAGAUAAGGCAUGUGAUCACCUACACUAUCUCUCCCUUUGAGCAGAGGGCUUUCCCAAACUACUUUUCUAAGGGAAUCCCAAAUGUUUGGAGACGAUUCAAAACAUCUGUAUUCAAGGUUGCACCACCCAUGGUUCUGAUGUACCUGACCUACACAUGGGGCAAUCGUGUUCAUGAACAGACCAAAAGAAAGAACCCUGCCGACUUUGAGAAUGACAAGUGAAAUCGCUCGCCUGAGGAUAUGUCCAUGUUUAACUUCUUGUUUCUGUUCAAUAGAGAAAAUAUUUAUGUGAAAAAUGGAUUUCUGACUUGUUGCCAAUUAAUCACUUUGAUUCAGUUUAGCUGUUUAAUAAAGUACCUUAAUAUGAUGCAUCA